AUGGCACACUCGGCACCGGUGCCAUCUGCUCCUCCGCCAUCAGAAUGCAUCCUGACAUGGGCAUCGGCCCAGGAUGUCGAACCCGACGACGUCGUCGGCCUUGCACCCGUCCGCCACGCCGAGGCCCUGCCGUGGAACGACGCCCUGCCGUUUGCCGCAAACGUGGCAACCAUUGCUGCCGCCCUCGGAGAUCCGCGGUCUGUCGACGACAUCCGGGUCUUUUGCCGUGACCUGCCGGUCCUGCCGCGGGCCUCGCCCGAGCCGCUCGGCGUCGCCCUCUACUUUCGACAGUACCUCGACGCAUCUAACGUUCGCGAGGUCCUUGACAGCCUCCGCCGCCACGCCGCCGCAGCUACUCUCACCCUUGUCUCGCCGCCCGACCACCGCGCCGCCAUCUGGAUCGCUGCCCUUGAGCGCUCCGUCCGUGCUCCGCCGGGAGACCUCGCCUCGCUCCUCUUUGGCCUCGCCCGAGCCAUCGACGACGACUCGGCCUGCGCUAUGCACCUCGUCGAAAUGGGUGCUCCCGCUGUGCUCGUCGAUCUCCUGCCAAAGCUCGUCGGUAACGCCCUCGCCCAUGCGCUUACGGCUCUCGCCCGCAUCGCUGCGCUCCCGGUAGGCGCCGCCCAGCUCCGCCGCCUCCGACCGCAGAUCCUCGCGCUCGGCCUAGAUGCUCUCGCCAGCCAGCCGUCGCCUGGCGUCGCCACUGCCGUCCUCGACACACUUGCUUCGCUCGCCGUCGCCGACACGGCCUUUGCCGCCACUGUCGCUUCCCAGCUCACCGCGCUCCCCGACGCCGCAGCCGCCAUCCGGGCCGCGCUCACCGAGUCGAGCCCCGCGCUUGUAGUCGUCGAGCUCGCUAACGCGCUCCUCCGGUCCGCAACUGAUGCAACCGGUAGAGCCGCACUUCUCUCCGCCGUCCUCGAUCCGGUCGGCACUGUCAUUCCCGCCGUCCAGCGCGCCGCUGCACGCACUUCGUCGCGCGAGCUCCGCCUCGAGCUGCAGGCGCUCGAGACCUUGGCCACGGCUGCGCGCGCCGCAUCCGGUCCACUUUCUUUGGCUCCGUCCCCAAAGUCGGUUGCGCUGCAGACCUCGUCCGAGCUCGCCCGUGAGCGUGAGCGCCAGCGCCAGCGCGAGGACGAGCUCAUGGAGCGGAUUCGCCAGCUCGAGGCCGAGCGGCGCGAUCGCGACCGCGCCAUGCUCACCCAACCCCCGCCGCCACCGCCACCGCCACCCGCCACCAUGCCGUCGCCGCCGCAACCGUCGCCAUUGAUGCAACGGCAGGAUAGUCCUGCACCGCCGCGCGACUCGGGCUUUGCCCGCUCGCUCCAGCUCUCACACGCCAUGGACGACGGUGUGCUGCGAGUGACCGCCGGCGAGACGUUCAUUGACUCCUCGUUCUCGCCGCAGAGCCGUUCUCGCGAGGCCGAAUCGCUGCUGGCGGAUCCUGACAACGUCCGGCUCGGCCUCGCCGCCGUCGACGAGGACGUGGUGGGCAUGCUCUUUGACGACGCCAGCACGCCCAACUCGGUCGAUCACCCCGCAGCCGACGGACGCGACACCGCCCGCACGCCACCGCCGCAGCCGCCAUCAGCAGCGGUCACCCCGCGGGCUCGGACCCCGUCGUUUACAGACAGCCUUCGCGGUGCCCGCUCGCCAUCCAUCUCGCCGGUCAAGCGGGUCGAGCCGUUCUCGCUCUCUUCGUUCUCGCCCACCACAUCCCCGCCGUCGUGGUCAUCGCCCCUCCGCGGGCCGGAGCCCGAGCCGGCCGAGCUCUCGCGGUCGUACGCAGAGACCUCGGCACGGCUUGCUGAUCUCAACGCGCAGAUUGCGUCGUUUGAGGGGGACGUCACCCGGCUUGUACAUACCCUGCCGCGUAGGGAUGUUACAGAGCCACUGCAGACUGUGCCUGUCCUCGAGCGGCGCCCACCGCUCAUCAAGACAGCAACUCGUCCACAGGCCACCGCGCCGGCUGCUGGUAGUUCAGCAGAGUGGCGCCGUGAGCUGACCCGGACGUCCGGACUUUCGUUCACGGCCAUCACCCCAGAUGCUUCGCCAGUGACAGCAGUCGCUAUUACGCCGCCACCGCCACCGCCGUCGCCGCCGCCACCACCGCUCGACAUCGACAACAUCCUCGGGUCCGCCGGCGAGGCACGGGCGAGCCUCGCGGCUCGUUCGGCAGAGAUCAGCGACGCAUACGCUACGGUUCAGGGUACACGACCAGCGCCGACGCGCAAACCGAUCCUUUCGCUCUCGCAACAGAAGGAGGCCAACGCUGCGUUGCUCAACUCGAAGCUUUCUGUGGUGGCGCAGGUAGCGCACGCUGCGCGCGCGCGUCGCGCCCGCGACGAGACCCGGCGGCGGCUAGCUCGAGAGGUCCCGGGGACCGAGAGCCUCGCCGACCGAUUCGAUGCCGCUGCACAGACGUAUCCGCACUACAUCGGGGAUGGCGCGCUCGACCGGCACCGCACCGCGUCUCCGCCACCGCCGCCGUCUUUGUCGCGCACCCGCGAGACGGCCUCGAUCCGUGACCUUGCGGCACGGCUCGACGUCCCGUGGUUCAAGGUCAAGACACGGGUCGUUCCUGACCAGAUCUUCUCCUCCACAGCAUUUGCCAUUGGGCAAGGUGUGGUGCUGACGGACUUUCCGGUGGAGAUCGUGCAGCUGAUUGCGUUUGCGAGCAAGGUGCUUACGGCGGAGGACAUGGUGGCGCUGGGCAUGACGUGCAAGACGUUGUACCGGAUGAUUCUUGGCAACGAAUACGGACGGGACAAAGUGUAUGCAGCGAUGGGUCUGAUGUGGUGCGUGGACCAUGCCCACGUCCGAUCUGCGCUCUGGGCCACCGACGAGGUCAUCGGCCAGGUUCCUCCGCCGGGUGCGUUGACCAUCAGCCACACGUUCGGCACGCUCGCGCGGCUGGGGGUGACGAGGAGGACGACGACGGGGACGACGGUCGGUCUGAGCGAGAGCGAGGGAGGGCAAUGGCGGCGGCGGCUGACUGAGCUUGCACAGCUUGCGGCUGCAGACUUGCGCGAACUGCUUGUUGCCGGAGCAGCGGUCGGCGCUGUCGGCGCAGUCGAAACUGUACGCGCUGUCCUAGCGAUGCCUGCAGCUGAAGUGACGGCAAUGCUCUCGCGGGCACUGGUGGCGGCGGCCAACGCGGGCGCUGCAGAGGUGGUGCGAAUGCUGGUGGCGAUGCCGGAGACCGAUGUGGGAUGGAGCAACAACGCGGCGAUUGUGUGGGCGUGCAACAGCGGACACGCUGCGGUGGUGGCCGAGCUCCUCAAUGCAACUGCGGUGGACGUCCAGUUUGAUUCGGGCUAUCCGCUACGAUGGGCAGCCGAGUUUGGGCAUGUCGACAUUCUGCGCCGGCUGCUGGCCGACGGGCGCGUCGAUCCGGGCGUGCUCGACAACUAUGCGCUGCGAUGGGCGGCGCGGUCGGGCCACGCGUCGGCGGUGGCCGAGCUGCUGGCCGAUCCGCGAGUCGAUCCGCGGGCGGACAACUCGGCAGCACUGCGGACGGCGGCGCGGGCUGGCCGAGGCCAAGUGGUGGAGCUACUGCUCGCCGAUGGACGGGUCGAUGUGGCCGCCAACGGGUGGCAGGCGGCAAACUGGGCCAUUGCCAACGGGUGCAUGGAUGUGGUUCGCACGCUGGUGGCGGCUGCGCCCGAGACGCAGUUUGAGCCGCGCACCCUAGUGUCGGCAGCGCGAAUCGGAAGUGACGCCGCGGUCGCGUUUCUGCUUGAUGCCGGGCUGGGCGGCGCGGGUGAGGCGGUAGGCAAGGCCAUCGGGGUGGCGGCCAGCAGCGGGCACGCAGCCGUGCUCCGACUGCUGCUGGUGUGGAGCACGGCUGAAACUGAGGAGCGCGAACACUUUGCGAUCGAGCGAGCGGCGACGCGUGGGUACCUCGAGUGUGUCCAGCUCCUCCUCGAGCACGCAAGCGCAGAGUCGUUGAGCAAGCUGGACGCGGCGCUGCACACAGCGGCGGUGCGUGGCCACGUGCCAGUUGUGAGGUAG